GCUUCUGCAAGGUGGGAAUGGUUCCUGCUCUCUGUGACAGCAUUUAAUUGGCUGUAUGGAGGUAAAGGCCAGUCCUGGGGAGGAGAGAACAACCAUGGCUACUGGGACAGAUGCCAAGACUGCAGGGGGAAAUGUCCUCAUUGAUGGUGACUCCCAACCAGCUAAGGAGCGAUCUUGCCAGAAAGGCUUUUGCUCAGUCCGACAUGGGCUGGCCAUCAUCUUGCAGCUCUGCAACUUUUCCAUCUACACCCAACAAAUGAAUUUGAGCAUCGCCAUCACAGCUAUGGUGAACCACACAGAGGCAUCCAGCCAGCCCAACUCCUCCACAGCACAGCCCUCUGUGGACUCCCAGGGCACCUGGAAUGAAACCUUAAGGGAAGCAAACCCUCUGGCCCCUGUUUAUAACUGGAGUCCUGAAAUCCAGGGAGUCCUCCUCAGCUGCCUCAACUACGGCUCAUUCCUGGCUCUGAUCCCCACUGGCUAUGUGGCUGGGAUAUUUGGAGCCAAGUAUGUGGUUGGCUUUGGCUUGCUUGUUUCCUCAGUCCUGACGCUCUUCCUUCCACUGGCAGCUGAUGUUGGAGUGGCCUUGCUUAUCGUCUUCCGGGUCAUCCAAGGCAUUGCCCAGGUUAUGGUAUUAACAGGGCAAUACUCACUCUGGGUCAAAUGGGCUCCCCCACUGGAAAGGAGUCAACUCACCACCAUUGCUGGAUCAGGGUCAAUGCUGGGAACCUUCAUUGUCCUUCUGGUUGGUGGUCUCCUCUGUCAGACCAUAGGAUGGCCUUACAUCUUCUAUAUCUUUGGUGGAAUUGGCUGCGCCUGCUGCCUUCUCUGGUUUCCUCUGGUCUAUAAUGACCCUGGAAGUCAUCCCUUCAUCAGUGCCAGGGAGAAGAGGUUCAUUGUGCAGUCACUGUCUCAGCAGGACUGUUCUCCUGGCUGGUCUCUUCCAAUUAAAGCUAUGAUCAAGUGCCUGCCACUUUGGGCCAUUGUAGUCUCCUAUUUCUGCGAAUACUGGCUUUUCAAUAUCAUAAUGGCAUACACACCCACUUACAUCAGCUCUGUACUUCAAGCCAGCCCCAAAGAUAGUGGUAUCCUCUCAGCCAUGCCAUUUGUGGUUGGUUGCAUCUGCAUCAUCCUUGGAGGGCUACUGGCAGAUUUUCUUCUCUCCAGAAAGAUCCUCAGACUCAUCACCAUCAGGAAAGUCUUCACUGCCGUAGGAGUUUUCUUCUCAUGCAUGUUUCUAGUGCCUCUGCCUUGGGUCAGAUCCAGCCAAGGCGCCACCAUGGCCUUCUUGGUUCUGUCUGCUGCUUCCAGCAGUUUCUGUGAAUCAGGAGCCCUUGUUAACUUCUUGGAUAUUGCUCCUCGGUAUGCUGGCUUCCUCAAGGGACUACUGCAGGUCUUUGCACACAUAGCUGGAGCCAUCUCUCCCAGUGUCACUGGAGUUCUCCUCAGCCAGGCUUCAAGUUCAGAGCUUGGAUGGAGGAAUGUGUUCUUGAUUGCCGCUGCUGUUGAUCUAGUGGGGCUGGUCUUCUACCUCAUUUUUGCCAAAGCGGAAGUGCAAGACUGGGCGAAGGAACAGGUGCUCACCCACCUCUGAGCCCACAGAGUGCAAUGUGGGUCCAGCACCUGUGAGCUCACUACCUUUCCUCACAGUCUUGCCUUUUGGGUCUGCUUGACUGUUUUGUCCUUUAAUUGGAAUUGGCUUUGUUUCCAGUAUCUUCUCAGAAACCUUGUCUAUCUAAUCUGGGAGAUUUUACCAAGAUUAGAUUUUUUAUAGGAGAGAAAAGGUUCAUUAUGUAAUAUGAGAAGCAUAUGAAAGCAUACACGCAUGAAUUUCUCAAUGUCUUCCAUGCACUUCACUGCUAUGCUAAAAAAGGAGCAAGUGUUGGAGGUCAUUUUCUCUUCAAAGGAGAAGAGAACGCAGAACUGCAGCAGUGAGGUUGAGAAUUAUCGGAGAAGAACCCAAGAGCUUCCAUAAAAAGAAAGACAGAGGCUGUGGAGAGCAUUGUCUCCAACCCCAAGUCCUGGGCCAGGAGGUCCUGCUCCAAGGCUGAGGCUCUCACAUGCCUGAGGGGAUAGGGUGCUGCAGGCAGAGGGUGACAAGAAGGACAAUAAGCAAUGAACUCAGUGGGUGGGACAAGGGGAGCCAGCUCCUCUCCAGCUGAGGGGCGUGGGGCAGCUCACUUCACCUCUCCUAGACAACUCACCUCGCUGGGCUCUAGCUUUGGGUCUGUGCCAUCCCCACACCUGCACUGUUGAGCACUCCCCGGAGUUGGUCCUUCCAGAGCUGCCUUCUUUGACCUUGGCCCCACAUCUGCUUGGUUGAUCUGUGCAGAUACCAGUGGGUCAGUGAGUGAACUGUCCAGUUUCUCUUUUGUCUCCAGGAACAUUUCUUGGGAUCACUCCUGUCUAUGCUUCUCUGAUUCCUGGGGUCUUUCCCACCAUUCAUGGGCCUCAUUCAGUGUUCACUUCAUUAACCUUAAAUACCUCCGGAAAUGUACAUAAGACUCACACUGCUUGACCCCAUUGUAAAUGUCCAGACAGUGUGCAAGGUGGGGCUGUUUUCAUUAAGUCCCACAUGGGCAGCUCAAGGACCAUGAAGGAGAACAAAAAUGUCCAAACACUAAUGAUAUCAGUGAAGACAGUUAGGCUCCUGCAUGUAUGGCAGAAGUCAAAAUCAUACAUGGUUUGAAGAAGCUCAACAUUUCAGGGACGAGAACCUUAUCCAGAGUGUCCCACCGCUGGCUGUGUGAUAACAGCUGUGGAGAGCAGGAUAACCGGGUAUGCCAUGCUAGAAGAGCGGGUGCAUUAAUUGAAGGGCGAGACAGCGCCAGCACUCUGAAAUGCCAGCUAGACUGGAAUCCAAAGGACAACAGCAACAAGUGCAGGAGGGGAAGAGUGAGAGCACCCCAGGAAGUAGGUGUGGCGGCCAGGAAGAGCAGUCUUGAGUGGCCAGAGGCAGAGAGUGAGAGAAGUGGAGCUUGCGAGAAGCUACAGAAGCUAAGGUCAAGAGCACACAGGGACAGUAGGCCCAGGAAAAGAAAGGACGUAAAGAGGGUUUUGCUUUUUAGAAGUUGCUCUGCAUAAGGAACGAGGAUGGAGUAAGGGGCUGCAGUGUAGUACAGAGAAGGGUGAUGGCCAUUGGCCCGAGGGGCAGGAUACAGUGUGAGGGGAGGGAAUUACUUGUUUUAGGAGCCAAACCUGACAGGGCUCUAACACAGAGAGUAGAAGCUAUCUGGAGCGAGACUUGGGUUUUAUUUGCUGCUAAGUCCAAGGGGCUGCCUCUCAGGAAGUUAGCAAUCAUAUGCUAGGGAAGUUUAGCUUUUUUAAAAGAAUGCAAAAUAGUAAUAAAAAAACCCCUGCA